AAGAACCCAUCUCUUCUCCUUUCCUCCUCCUCUACAAAUUAUUUAUUUGCACUUUAACACCCUCUUUUUUUUCCAUCUAAGUUUGUAAUUUGCAAGAUGUGCUGCUGCCCGAGUAGAGUUUGCUGCCUGUGCUUUCUUCUCGUCCUCGUGGUCGCGCUUAUCGGGUUCGUUUUCGGGUUCGGAGUUUUUGCGCAUGGGUUCCACAAAUUGAAGGAGAUGUUGCAUGAUGAACCCUCAAUAGAUGGGAGACCCUUCUUGGGCUUUGGAGUUCCAGCUCCUGCUCCUCUCUGAUUGGUUCUCCUUCAAUCAACUAUUCUUUUAGUAGAAUUGUAGAGUUUUCUUUUUCUCCUUGUUGGGUUCUUGGAUACGUAGGUUUUUUUUUCUUCUUGAAUUUUAGGGAUUUUUUCCUUCUUUUUAUUGAUUUUUUUUUUUUUUGAGAUCCGUAAUAAUCUGAGUAUGUUUAUGUUGUUGGGUUCAGGGUUUUGGAUCCGGCCCAUAAUAUUUUGAUGGAUGGGAGUCGUUGCUCUAUCUAAUCCGACAUUAUUAAUUAACUAAUUUGUU